AAAAUAAAAAGUGCUGAGUUCUCCGUGAACACUUGAACAGACUCAGCUGAGAGAGCAGUGAGCAGGGGAAAGAAAGGAACAAGGGGAAAAGAUAGUGGAGCAGUAAGUUAAUUAGCAGGGCAGCCAUGGGAUUCUGCUGUGGGCCUUCGGAUGUCAAGGUGCUCCCAAAUAGCAUCUCCUCCUUGUCGCCGUCCUCCUCCUCUUCCUCAUCGGCUUCUGCUAAAGAUUCUGGCGAUGGUGGCAAGAAGAAACAGCAGCAAGGUGUGAAGAAGGAGCAGUGCAAGGAGAAGAAGAAGAGCAAACUUGACCAGGCCGCCAUGUCGAUGCCCCGCUUCCCCUUCCAUUCUCGGCCUGGUCUCAUGUAAUACUAGCUUACAGCCGAGGUUGGAGCUUAGGAUAUACUGUAUAAUAUACUCCCUCUCUAUCACAAUACUUAUAGUUGUGGGUACCUGUGUUAAUAUUUCUAACAAUAAGUAUUUAGAUACGGAGGAAGUAUAUAGCUUCGGUUGCUGGGUUAAAGUUUUGAAAUUCCUAGUGUCGUCACAUGUUCUAUUAUUCAUCGAUUGGUCUGUUGUAUUCUAUGAUCUAAAUCAUGGGUGUUUUUUUGUUGAUUUACAAGGGAUUAUAUAUGUUCAUUGUCACCCGAA